AUGAAGAGCAGCGGCAGCAGCUACGCAGUGAACGCAGCUAUUGUUUACCGCCCAUCUGAACAGCAGCGGACACUUGGCAGCGAGUGGUUGACAUUCAGCAGCAGCAGCAGCAGCAGCAAGGCUGCUCGCGGAAGGUAUUCAGCAGCUAGUGCUGCUGCCACCCCGAAGCAGCAGCUGCAGGAUAGUAUGAAGGCUGAGUACUACAUGAGUGGCGCUGCAGUUCCUUGUUUGCUGCAUGAGGUGCAGCAACGCUGUCAGCAGCAGCAGCAGCAGCUACUGCAGCAGGAGCACCAAAUGUGGGAUUCCUCGCUGCUGCCGCAGCAGCUGCUGCCGCAGCAGCUGCCGCCGCAGCAGCUGCAGCAGCAGCAGCAGCAGCAGCAGCAGCAGCAGCAGCAGCCGCAGCUGGGGCAGCGGCGCUUCUCCUUCGCGCCUGACGGAUUAGACGUUUAUUAUUAUAUCCCAGUUCGCCGCGCUUCAGACGGCAUAGUGGGGACAGCAGCGCAGCAGCAGCUGCACCAGCAGCUGCAGCAGCAGCAGCAGCAAGGUGGCAUGCAUGUGAGGGUGCAGAAGCAAGGAAACUGCUUUACGUGGCUUCCAGCUGAAGGUCAUUUCUACUCUCCUCUAGAGUCGCUUAGGCAGCAGCAGGAGAUACAGCAGCAGCUGCAGCAGCAGCUGAAGCAGCAAAUAGAGAAACAGAUGGAGAGAGACAAGCUAGAGCAGCAGAAGCGAAAUCUGCAGCUACAGUGGAAGCUGCAGCAGCAACUGAAGCAGCAGCAGCGAGAGCAGCAGCAGCAGCAACAAGCCCUGCUGCUGAGUCAGCUGCGACAGAAGGAGCUCCGAAACUUUCACAUAUACUCUGACGGAGUCGGCGAGGUGCCGCAGCUUCCUCAGCAACAGCAGCAGCACAAGCAGCAGCAGCAGCAGGAACAGCAGCUUCGCCCACAGCAGCCGACACAUAUUGAUGGGCUGUGUGAGGCGAACCGCGCCGCUGCUGCUGCUACUGCUGCUGCUGCUGCUGCUGCUGCUACGCUUGAUGAUGAUGACGGCCGCAGCACCAGCAGAAGGUCCUCAGACACAGGGCCUUGCUGCGGCAUCGGGGCAGCCCUCCCAGCUUUUCUUCAGCAGAAGCCGCAGCAGCAGCAGCAGCAGCAGCGGCAGCAGCCAAACGUGCUGCUGCACAUUGCAGAGUGGCCAGUGAAGCCGCCCGAGGCGAGCCCAGACCCGACUGUGGAGCUGCUGCGGCAGAAGGUGGAGCGGCAGGAGCAGCUGGUGCAGCAGCAGGAAGUGCAGCAGCAGCUGCUGCGCCGCCAAGUUGAGGCGCUGCAGCAAAGGGCACGCCUGGAAGCUCAUCACUUGGAAAAGCUGCUGCAGCAGCAGCCAGUUGCGGGCCCGAGGGAGGAGCCUGCGCCGGACGUUUCGACUCCCGAGAGCCAGCAGCGGGAGCAGCAGCAGCAGCAGGAGCAGCAGCAGAAGGCGCAGCAGCAGCAAGUGCAGCAGCAGUUGCUGCAGCAGCAGCUGCAGCAGCAGCUCCAGCAGCAACGGAAACUGGAGCAAGAGUUGCAGCAGAAGCAGCAGCUGCAGAACAACGUGCAUACUGCACGCGGAAGCACAACUAAUGCGUCCCAGAUCAUCGCAAGUGGCCCUCCGCAAAGCCUUCAAGAAACUUUCCCAGUAGAAGUUUAUCACCUGGACCGCGAAGAGUCCCCGGGGGGCCCCCGGGGGGCCCCGGGGGCCCCUGGGGUUGGGGGGCCCCCGGGGCGGCAGCCAACUUGCGACAUUUUUGAUUUGUCCGAAGACAUGGGAGUGCUGCCGCUGCAGUCUGCUGCUGUUGCUGCUGCUGCUGACGACUGGCUGCUGCUCACUGGCUGCGGCAGCGGCGCUGCGGGGCAGCCCCAGUACCCCGGAGAGGCGCAGCUGCACGGCCCUGCGAAUUCGCACACAGACACAGAGACAGGCACAGCAGCAGCAGCAGCAGCAGCAGCAGCAGCCGCAGCGUCUAACACGUCCCCUUCGUCAUUGCAGGAAAGCCCAGAGGAGGACUUGAGCCCGCAGGACACUGUGAGGAGACUGUCAGGACGCGGCUCAUUCGGCAGGAGUGGGGAAUCUCCGAGAGAUUUCAGCUCCGAGGGGGCGCCUGUGGUGUACGCGCGGUUCGGCCAAGUGGCUCAUCGGUACCUUCAAAGCAUCGACCGAAUGGCCCGCAGCAUAGAGCAGCAGGAAAGGCAGCAGCAGCAGCAGCAGCAUCAAAUCGAGCGGCAGAAGGAGCAGCAGGAGCAGCAGGAAAGGCAGAUGCAGCAGCAACAGCAGGUGGAAGAGCAGAAAGAGCAGGAACAGGAAAGGCAGAUGCAGCAGCAACAACAGGUGGAACGGCAGGAACAGCAGCAGGAGCAGCAGGAAAAGCAGCAAAAGCAGCAGCCGCAGCAGCAAAUGGAGCAGCAAAAGCAGCAGCAAGAGCAACAGCAGCAGCAGCAGCGAGGGCAGCAGGUGCUGCAGCCGAACUCAAGUAAACGAGCGGCUGUAGCUUCAGAAGCGGCGGAAAUGGCAGGAGAUGAACCGACAGAAGCCGAAGCAGCAGCAGCCGCAGCGGCAGCAGCAGCAGCUGCAGCAGCAGCAACAGCAGCAGCGAGUGCACCGCCAGAGGAAGCAAAUAUAACAAGUGCAGCAUGA